AUGCGAUUAGGAGAAGGAAGGUUGCGGUCAGCUCGUUGCAGUGACAAAGAAAUUCUUUAUGCUAUCCUUUCCCAUCUGAAGGAAUUCAUCGAUAAAAAUGCUGUUGCAGUUCAGCUUCCUGGUCAUACAAGCUCAACGGCAAUAGCGGCCACUGGUCAUCUCUCAUCACCAGUGACAGGAGGAACGAGGACUGCUACACCCAUACUACGAUCUCGAACAGAAGCGGCAAAGCAUGUAGAUGAAGAGUUAGUACAACAUCUGAUUCAACAAAUAGAUCAAGUGACGCAAGACGGUUUAGUAAAAGAUAGGCAAGUGGAUGACUUGAGACAACAAAUCAGAGAUCUACAGAAGGCGCUGAGAGACGAGCAAUUGGAGAAAGAACAGGCAGUUGCUAGAGAAAGAAGGGAGAAAGAAGAGCUACGACAACGAUUACAACGAGAGCAAGAAGAAAAACACGACGUUCAGAAUGAUCUCGAUGAAGCUCGACAACAACUUGAGCAAAUGAGUGUAGAGAAGGAAAAUGUUCAGCGAUUGCUAAAUGAAGCACAAAUAGAAAAAGCUAACAUUGUAGAGCUCCUUUCAGAUGCCGAUGCUGCAAUUGAACGAUACAAGCAAGAACGGGAAAACGAAGUCUUUAAGAUUCCUUCACAUGACAUUCAAUUGACUGGCACAGAACUAGGACGUGGAUCAUAUGGAGCUGUUUCUGUUGGAUAUUGGGAUGGCUGUCCUGUUGCUGUCAAAUGUUUGUAUGAUGAUUUGGCUGAUGUUGAACGAUACGUUCAACUUGUGCAACAAGAAGCGUCUGUAGCAUGGAAGAUACAUCAUCCCAACAUUGCUGCUGUUUGUGGUGUGACUGUGGAGAAAGAAGUCAAGAAGGCAUGGGUUAUCAUGGAGGUACAGAGCGGCUCCGUUUCUAGUGUGAUCGAUGCAUGUCAACGAGAUGCUGCACCUCUCACUUUACGAGAAAAAGUUGACAUGGCACAUGAUUCUUUGUGUGGACUAGAUCACAUUCACUCAAUGCAACCCAUGGAGAUUCUCCACGGUGACAUCUGCCCAAGGAACAUCCUGGUAACUGCAACGAUGAGAGCCAAACUGGGUGAUCUAGGAGCCGCUCGUUUUCAAGAUGCUUCACUUUCGGCCGGCCUUCUCAGUCCAGAAUACACAGCAAAGGAGAGAUUUGAUGCUCCAGCUCUACCAAAAAGCAAGGAAACGGACAUGUACAGUACAGGAGUGACCCUAUGUGAGCUGUUCACUGCUGUUACUCCAGACCGUCGAAAGAGAAUGGAUCAAGUCUUACUCAUCCGUCAGCUAAACGUUCGUUCGUUAUGUAAACACUUGAUGAGAGAUAAUCCUGCCACACGACCAACAGCAACCGAAGCUCGCAGAAUCAUUAGUCGUAUUCGUGAGACAGACGAGUAUAGAGCAUGUCCUCCCAAACGAAUGGUAAAGGGUAAGAUGGAUGGAGUGGCUCGUGUCACCCUUGUUCAGCCCAAUUGGUGAUGUUGACAUGUCAUUGAACCAUGUGGUUGUCUAGAUCCUUUUACUUGCAUGAUAUCAUUUCUGUGUUGAUAGAAAAGAUUUUCUUAGCAAUAGCAUUAAGCUUAGCUCUGAUUUUUUGCACUUUGUUUUCUUGGAUUGACCAUGCAGACAACGUUGAAGUAGCAUUUUCAGUAUUUCACUAUUUGUAACUCUGAUAUUGUUAUUGGCAGUUUGACGUGUACACUUUGUCACGUGUAUGAUUACUGUAUUUGAUAAGUUCACGUUUUCAGUUGAUAUUAAAGUUUCAGUUGACAUGUUCGACUUUA